CCUUCCCCGGUCUUCUAUAUAAGACGGUUUCUCUUCUCUUUUAGGCUCUCAAGGGUUAAAAGACUCUCUCUACAUCUCUAUCGUGUUCGAUCGAAUACCGAUGUUUCUGCACCAUCUACGCCUUUCUUCUUCCCGUUUUCUCCUUUCAAAAAUCAGAGUAUCUGAAAGCAAAGGAGCUGCUCUGUAAUGGCAACCCUAAGAUCGAGUCUGCCGCUGCGUCUCCGGCAGCUCCUAGCCGGCGAAGGCGCUGCCGUUCCCUCUCUUAAACUGGAAUCGGAACCGCCUCCAAAAAUUAAAGCUUUCAUUGACAGUGUGAUCAAGAUUCCACUCCAUGACAUAGCGGUACCUCUUUCAGGUUUUCGUUGGGAGUACAAUAAGGGAAAUUUCCAUCACUGGAGACCACUCUUUCUACAUUUUGAUACAUACUUCAAGACAUAUCUCUCUUGUAGGAAAGAUCUUCUCUUAUCUGAUGACAUAUCAGAUGAUGAUGGUCCAUUUCCUAAGCAUACAAUCCUGCAAAUUUUGGGAGUAAUGCAAACAAUUUUGGAGAACUGCCACAACAAGAGUUCAUUCAGUGGUCUAGAGCAUUUCAAGCUACUGCUGGCAUCAACAGACCCGGAGAUCCUUAUAUCUACUUUAGAGACUCUGUCUGCCUUGGUGAAAAUAAAUCCCUCCAAGCUACACGUGAGUGGGAAACUGGUUGGGUGUGGCUCAAUGAACAGCUGUCUCCUGUCCCUAGCACAGGGGUGGGGAAGCAAAGAAGAAGGCUUGGGUUUAUUUUCAUCUGUUAUAGCUAAUGAGAGAAGCCAAGAUGUAGGCAUGUGCUCAUUACCAUCCAACAUAGAAAGUGACUGCGACAAUUCACAGUAUCGAUUGGGUACAACCCUGCACUUCGAAUUUCAUACAGCCACUUCUGAGGGGACUGAACAAAACAGCGACAGGAGGUCUUCCAACUUGCAUGUCAUACACAUUCCUGAUCUCCAUCUCCGUAAGGAGGAUGAGUUAACUAUUCUUAAGCAAUGUAUCGAUGAAUACAGCGUUCCUCCAGAGCACAGGUUCUCAUUGCUGACCCGUAUCAGAUAUGCUCGAGCCUUUCUUUCUCCCAGAACCUGCAGGCUAUACAGCAGAAUUUGCAUCCUUUCCUUCAUUGUGCUGGUGCAGUCAAAUGAUGCUCAUGAUGAGCUUGUAUCCUUCUUUGCGAAUGAACCCGAAUAUACAAACGAGUUGAUCAGGCUUGUUCGGUCUGAAGGUGCUAUUCCUGGAACUAUCAGGACGCUUGCGAUGCUUGCACUUGGAGCACAAUUAGCAGCAUAUUCAUCAUCUCAUGAUCGUGCACGGAUAUUGAGUGGUUCAAGCAUUAUUUCUGCAGGGGGAAACCGGAUGAUUCUCCUAAGCGUUCUUCAGAAAGCGGUGAUGUCAUUGAAUAAUCCCAGUGAGCCAUCUGUGCUUUCCUUUGUUGAUGCUCUUCUACAGUUCUACCUGCUCCAUGUUAUAUCAUCUUCAAGUUCUGGGAGUGCUAUAAGAGGGUCAGGAAUGGUUCCCACUCUUUUACCUCUUCUACAGGACAUUGAUUCCUCUCAUAUCCAUCUUGUUUGUUCUGCUGUAAAAACUCUUCAAAAGCUCAUGGAUUACAGUAAUGCAGCGGUAUCCUUGUUCAAAGAUCUCGGGGGUGUGGAACUUUUGUCUCAGAGGUUGCAGAUUGAAAUUCAAAGAGUUGUUGGCGGUGAUUGUGAAAAUAGCAAUUCAAUGAUUGAUGGCGAUUUAUCAGAAUUUGAUGAUGAUAUUUUAUAUUCCCAGAAGCGACUCAUCAAAGCUUUGCUUAAGGCACUCGGGUCUGCUACUUAUGCUCCAGCUAACUCUACGAGGUCCCAAAACUCGCAAGAUAAUUCCUUGCCGACUUCGUUGUCGGUUAUAUUCCGCAAUGUGAGCAGAUUUGGGGGCGACAUCUAUUUUUCAGCAGUGACCCUUAUGAGUGAAAUUAUUCACAAGGAUCCAACAUGCUUCUCGGUUUUGGAUGAAUUGGGUCUUCCUGAUGCCUUUCUGUCAUCAGUGAUAGCUGGGAUACUCCCUUCAUCAAAAGCACUCACAUGUGUUCCUAGUGGUCUUGGUGCCAUCUGUCUUAAUCCUAAAGGCUUGGAGGCAGUUAAGGAAACUGAUGCACUGCGGUUCCUUGUAGACACCUUCACAAACAGAAAGUACCUGGUAGCGAUGAAUGAAGGUGUUGUCCCUUUGGCAAAUGCUGUGGAGGAGCUCUUGCGACAUGUAUCUACACUGAGAGGCACUGGCGUUGAUAUAAUCAUUGAAAUUAUUGAUAAACUUUCUUCCUUAGGGGAGGAUAAGUGCUCUGGGUCCUUCGGGAAAGUGGAUGGGAGCACUGCAAUGGAAACAGAUUCUCAAGAAGGAGAGCACAAAGGGCACGGACUUUUGACGGGUGCAUCAGACUCAGCGGCUGAUGGCAUCAGUACUGAGCGGUUUGUUCAGCUGUGCAUCUUUCAUGUGAUGGUACUGGUUCAUCGAAUUAUGGAAAAUUCUGAAGCCUGUAGGUUGUUUGUGGAGAAGAAAGGUAUUGAGGCUUUGAUGAAACUUCUAUUGCAGCCUAGUAUUGCCCAAUCAGCUGAUGGGAUGUCUAUUGCGUUGCAUAGCACUGUGGUUUUUAAGGGGUUUACACAGUAUCACUCUGCUCCUCUGGCACAUGCUUUCUGUUCAUCUCUCAGGGACCACUUGAAGAAAGCUUUGAGUGGAUUUGGUUCAGCUUCAGGUGCAUUUUUACUGGCUCCUAGGACUACACCGGAUAGCCGCAUCUUUUCCUCUCUUUUCGUUGUUGAGUUCCUUCUUUUUCUUGCUGCCUCGAAAGAUACAAGAUGGGCGACUGCAUUACUAACAGAACUUGGGAAUGGAAGCAAGGAUAUCCUGGAAGAUAUUGGACGGGUCCACCGGGAAGUUCUGUGGCAGAUUGCCCUCCUUGAUGAUUCGAAGCUUGAGACAGAUGAUUCUGGUCCUGGUUCUGCUGGUGAGCCACAGAGAUCAGAGACAAAUACAGGUGAAACUGAAGAGCACAGAUUCAACUCCUUUAGGCAGUUUCUUGACCCGUUACUGAGACGAAGGGUGUCUGGAUGGAGUGUCGAAUCUCAGUUUUUCGACCUUAUAAAUCUGUAUCGUGAUCUUGGUCGUGCCACUGGUGUUCAGCAAAGACUGGGUAUGGAUGGCCCAUCGAACUUGCGACUUGGCUCCAAUCCUCAAGUGCCUCCAUCCAAUUCUUCAGAUACUGUGGCUGUUAGCAGAAUGGAAGGUGAAAAGCAGAGAUCUUAUUAUUCUUCCUGCUGUGACAUGAUGAAGUCGCUUUCUUUUCAUAUAAGCCAUUUGUUUCUAGAGUUGGGGAAAGUGAUGUUGCUUCCUUCUCGUAGGCGGGACGAUUCUCUGAAUGUGUCCCCUUCUGCCAAAUCUGUUGUUUCUAUGUUCGCUACAAUUGUAUUGGACCACUUGAAUUAUGGUGGGCAUGUUGAUCAGUCUAAUGCAGAGGUAGCCAUAUCGACAAAAUGUCGCUACCUUGGUAAGGUUAUUGAUUUCAUAGAUAACAUUUUAUUGGACAGGCCAGAUUCGUGCAACCCCAUUUUGUUGAAUUGUUUUUAUGGCCAUGGAGUUGUUCAAGCCAUCUUGACCACCUUCGAAGCUACCAGUCAAUUGCUCUUUGCAGUCAAUAGGGUGCCGGCUUCUCCCAUGGAGACAGAUGAAGGAAGUUCGAAAGAAGAUAACAAGGAUGAAACUGAUCAUUCUUGGAUAUAUGGUCCCUUGGCUAGCUAUGGGACACUCAUGGAUCACUUGGUGACUUCGUCUUUCAUCCUCUCACCCUUGACAAAAAAUCUGCUUGCUCAACCAAUUACAAAUGGAAAUGUUCGGUUUCCACGAGAUGCUGAGACCUUUGUUAAGGUACUCCAGUCCAAGGUACUGAAGGCGGUGAUUCCUAUCUGGACUCACCCUCAGUUUACAGAAUGCAGUUAUGAGUUCAUUGCAGCAAUUAUCUCUAUUGUGCGGCACAUUUAUUCUGGAGUUGAAGUGAAGAAUGUGAAUAGCAACACAGCUGCUCGAAUAACAGGUCCUCCUCCGGAUGAAUCGGCAAUUUCAAUGAUCGUAGAGAUGGGCUUUUCCAGGUCUAGGGCAGAAGAAGCAUUGCGGCAAGUGGGGACAAAUAGUGUGGAGAUGGCAAUGGAAUGGUUGUUCUCACAUCCAGAGGAAGCCCCAGAAGAUGACGAGCUUGCUCGUGCACUUGCCAUGUCCCUAGGGAGUUCUGGUGCAUCGGUAAAGGAAGAUGCAGAGGUGAAUGCUAGUAAUACUGAUCAGGAAGAAGAAACAGUUCAACUUCCUGCAGUUGACGAACUGUUAUCGACAUGUACCAGGCUUCUACAGAUGAAGGAGCCUUUGGCUUUUCCAGUCCGCGAUCUGCUUGUAAUGAUAUGCUCCCAAAAUGAUGGUCAUUAUCGGUCCAAAGUCAUUACCUUUAUCAUCGAUCAAGUGAAGCUCUGCAGUUCGACUUUCGAGGCCAGCAGCAGCACUGCAUUAUCUGCUUUUUUCCAUGUUCUUGCUUUAGUACUUCAUGAAGAUGCAGUUGCAAGAGAAGUUGCCUCAAAAAGUGGUCUUGUAAAGAUUUCUUUGGAUUUGCUCUCUCUAUGGAACUUGAGCUUCCAUGAUGGGGAAAAAUCUCAAGUGCCGAAGUGGGUGACGGCAUCUUUUCUUGCUAUUGACCGGAUGUUGCAGGUGGACCCGAAAUUGAGUUCUGAAAUUCCUGUGCCUGAACAGUUUAAAAAGGAUGAUCCUAGUAAUCAGACUGCUCUUGUUGAUGAGAAUGGACCUAAAAAUUUACAGUCCACUCUGGGAUUAACUCGUUACAUUGAUGUACACGAGCAGAAGAGACUUGUUGAGAUUGCUUGCCGAUGUAUCCAGAACCAGCUUCCUUCUGAAACAAUGCAUGUGAUUCUUCAGCUGUGCGCAACGCUUACCAAAGUCCAUGCAGUUGCCGUGAGUUUUCUCGAUGCAGGAGGUUUGCCGGCACUGCUUUGUUUGCCUACGAGUAGCCUAUUUCCUGGGUUUGACAAUGUUGCUGCUAUGAUAGUCCGUCACAUUCUUGAAGAUCCCCAGACACUGCAGCAAGCUAUGGAGUCUGAGAUACGACAUAGCGUGGUGGCAGCCACAAAUAGACACUCAACUGGAAGGCUCACCCCACGCAGUUUUCUUCAGAAUUUGGCUUCUGUCUUCUCUAGGGACCCAGUUGUUUUCAUGCAAGCUGCUCGGUCUGUAUGUCAAAUUGAGAUGGUAGGAGAAAGGGCGCAAGUUGUGUUGUUGAAAGAUCGUGAGAAAGAGAAGGGCAAGGAGAAAGAGAAGGAGAAGCAACAAGCUGCUGAUGGAAAGGCUACUUCAGGUGAUGUGAGCUCCCCAGCUCCAGGUAAUGUCCAUGGCAAACUUCCAGAUUCAAAUGGCAAAAAUGCCAAAGUUCAUCGAAAAUCCCCUCAGACUUUUGUAAGUGUAAUUGAGCUUCUCUUGGAUUCUAUCAUAACUUUUGUACCAUCUACAAAAGAUGAUGGUCUGGUAGAUGGGGUCCUUGGUGGUGCCCCUUCAGUAGCAGACAUGGACAUUGAUGGCCCUUCUAGCAAGGGAAAAGGAAAAGCCAUUGCCACUGUAUCUCAAGAGAAAAAAGUUGAUAGCCAGGAAGCUUCGGCAUCUCUUGCCAAGACAGUAUUCAUUUUAAAAUUGUUAACUGAAAUUCUCUGGACAUAUGCUUCGUCUGUUCAUGUCCUGCUCCGGAGAGAUGCUGAAGUUAGUAGUUCUCGCAGUCUUCCUCAACGGGGGCCUGCUGGUAACUACAAUGGUGGAAUAUUUCAUCAUGUUCUUCACAAGUUUCUUCCAUAUCCUGGAAGCUUCAAGAAAGACAAGAAACUGGAUGGUGACUGGAAGCACAAAUUAGCAAGUAGGGCAAGCCAGUUUUUGGUGGCAUCCUCUGUUCGUUCUGCUGAAGGACGGAGAAGGGUAUUUACUGAGAUCAGUAAUGUCUUCAAUGACUUUGUUGAGCCAGCUGAUGGUUCCAGGGCACCUGACUACAGUAUCCAUGCUUAUAUCGAUCUACUUAAUGAUAUCCUUGCCACCCGCUCUCCAACUGGUCCAUUUAUUUCAGGAGAAGCCUCGACAACAUUUAUAGAUGUUGGUCUGGUUCAAUCUUUGACUCGAACUCUCCAAGUCUUGGACUUGGAUCAUGUUGAUUCACCGAAGGUUGUUACUGGGAUUGUCAAGGCUUUGGAAUUGGUAACUAAGGAACACGUCCAUUCUGCUGAUCCUAAUUCUGCCAAAGGUGAAUCCUCAACAAAUCUUGCUUCCAAUCAGAGUCAACCAGGUAGAACAGAUAAUGGUGGUGAUCGAUUCCAGUUCCUGGAAACCACAUCCCAGCCUGAUCAUAAUGAAUUGGUGUCUGGUCAUGUUGAGCCUUUCAAUCCAACCCAGCCGUCUAGGAGUGCAGAUUCUGUUACCGAUGACAUGGAGCAUGACCGGGAUUUGGAUGCAGGUCCUGAAAAUGAAGAUGAUUUUAUGCGUGAAACUUCUGAGGAAGCUGCUGGUCUUGAAAAUGGGAUUGCAACUGUUGAAAUGACGUUCGACAUCCCAGUGAUCCCACACAUUGCUCAAGACAAUCUAGCUGAUGAAGAGGAUGAUGAUGAUGAAGAGAUGAGUGGUGAUGAUGUGGAUGAAGAUGAAGAUGAGGAUGAUGAUGAAAACAAUGAUUUGGAAGAAGAGGAUCAUCACAUGUCACCUCCUGAUACUGAUCGGGAUGAACAUGAGAUUGAUGAGGAGGAAUUUGAUGAAGAUGUACUGGAGGAAGAGGAUGAAGAUGAUGAAGAUGAUGAAGGUGGGGUUAUACUCAGGCUAGAGGAGGGUAUCAACGGAAUUAAUGUUCUUGAUCAUAUUGAAGUUUUCAGCAGAGAUAACAAUUUUGCUAAUGAUGCACUUCAUGUGAUGCCUGUUGAAGUUUUUGGCUCUAGACGCCAAGGCCGUACAACAUCCAUCUACAAUCUUCUAGGAAGAACUGGUGACCAUGGUGCUCCUAUUCAGCAUCCACUUUUGACGGAACCUUCUUCCUCUCUGCGUCCAGUUGCUCUCAGACAAUCAGAGAAUGCAGGCGAUAUUAGUAUCUCAGACAGACACUUGGAAAGCACUUCAUCACGGUUAGAUGCUAUUUUCCGGUCAUUGAGGAGUGGAAGGCAAGGACAUCGUCUCAAUAUGUGGUCUGAUGACAGCCAGCAACGAGGUGGAUCUAACGCGCCUGUUGUACCCCCAGGCGUUGAGGAGGUACUUGUUUCCCAGUUGAGACGACCAGCUCCUGAGCAACCUGUGGAUCCGAAUACAGCAACUGCACAACCUCAAGAUAAAGCUGAGGAGGCCAGCCAGUUACCAGAGUCAGUUGCAACGGAAGAAACACCCGUCGAAAACCAUGCAAACAAUGGAAGCGUGGUUAUGUCCUCCCAUAAUCCAGCAGUGAUGGAUGUCACUGGCAAUACUGUUGUUGUCCCAACAGAUAACGGUUUUCUUCAAGAAAGGAAUGCUCCAAAUACGGAUACACAGGUCAUUGAUAUGCAGUACGAACGCAAUGAUGCAGUUGUACGGGAUGUGGAGGCAGCAAGCCAAGGGAGCAGUGGAAGUGGGGCAACUUUAGGGGAAAGUCUUCGAAGCCUCGAAGUGGAAAUAGGAAGUGCUGAUGGGCAUGAUGAUGGUGGAGAAAGGCAAGGCUCCACAGAGAGAAUGGCUUCGGGUGAUUUGCAGCAGACUCGAAUGAGAAGAGCGACUGUACCACUGGGGAGUGCCACACCAGUUAGUGGCAGAGAUGCAUCUCUUCAAAGUGUUAGUGAAGUAUUGCCACAUCCUGGACAAGGAGGGGAUCAGAGUGGUCCAGCCGAGGAGCAACAAAUCAAUGGUGCCACAGCCUCAGGUUCAAUUGAUCCUGCAUUCCUAGAUGCUCUUCCGGAAGAGUUACGAGCCGAAGUUCUUAAUGCUCAACAGAGUCAAGUGGCCCAGCCAUCAAGUGAACCACCUCAAUCUGCGGGAGACAUUGAUCCUGAAUUCCUUGCUGCCCUCCCCCCAGAUAUCCGAGCAGAAGUGCUGGCACAACAACAAGCUCAGAGACUACAUCAAUCACAUGAAUUGGAAGGCCAACCAGUUGAAAUGGACACUGUUUCAAUAAUUGCGACAUUUCCUGCUGAUUUGCGGGAAGAGGUGCUCUUAACAUCUUCAGAUGCUAUUCUGGCCAAUCUAACACCCGCCCUUGUUGCGGAGGCAAAUAUGUUACGUGAAAGAUUUGCUCAUCAAUAUCAUAGCCGCACACUUCUUGGCAUGUACCCCAGAAACCGGCGGGGUGAGUCUUCUAGACGGGGUGAUGCUGUUGGAUCAAGCCUUGAUAGACCUGCAGGAGGCAUCUCCUCGCGCAGAACUGCAGGAGGCAAGCUGGUCGAAGCUGAUGGGGCUCCUCUAGUUGACACAGAUUCUCUUAAGGCCAUGAUUCGGUUGCUUCGUGUUGUGCAGCCUCUGUAUAAGGGACAAUUUCAGAGACUUCUCUUGAAUCUCUGUGCCCAUCAUGAGACCAGAACUGCUUUGGUGCAAAUUUUAAUAGAUAUGCUGAUGCUUGAUAUACGGGGCCCUGUUAAGAAUUUAAAUGCAGCUGCAGAACCUUCAUAUAGAUUGUAUGCUUGCCAGAGCAAUGUUAUGUAUUCUCGUCCUCAAUUUUUGGAUGGCGUUCCUCCCCUUGUGUCUCGGCGUGUUUUAGAAACUCUGAUACACCUGGCCCGAAAUCACCCCAAUGUGGCGAAGCUUUUACUUCAUCUUCGGCUGCCAGGAGUGUCCACACAAGAGUUGCAGAGUCCUGCUCAUUUGCGUGGCAAAGCUGUGAUGGUUAUCGAAGAUGACCAAACAGCAAGGAAGCAACAACAGAAGGGAGAUUUUUCCAUAGUCCUGCUUUUGAGUCUCCUAAAUCAACCGCUGUAUUUUAGGAGUGUAGCUCAUCUUGAACAGUUGUUAAAUCUAUUGGAAGUCAUCAUUGAUAGUGUAGAAAGCAAUUCCAACCCAUCUAACAGUUCCGGGGCGCCUUCUGAGCAACCAUCUGGUUCUCAAAAUGCCUUGCUUGAUUCACAUACUAAUUCUGAUGCUGUUGAAUCUUCUUCGGGUGGUAAUGUUAAAUCAUCUAGCACUGAUGAACACUCUAGACCCUCAGCAGCCGGCUUAAAUAGUGAAAAUGAUGUCCUUUCUGUACUGCUCAGUCUACCACAACCAGAACUUCGACUUCUAUGCUCUUUGCUCGCACGAGAAGGUUUGUCAGAAAAUGCAUAUGUUCUUGUGGCAGAGGUAUUGAAGAAAUUGGUAGCUAUUGCUCCAACGCAUUGCCAUCUCUUUAUCACUGAGCUUGCAGAUUCUGUGCAAAACUUGUCUAGAUCUGCAAUGAAUGAAUUGCAUGGAUAUGGGGUGGUAGAUAAAACGCUCUUCAGCACUUCUGCUGAUGGGACUGCUAUCUUGAGAGUACUGCAGGCAUUAAGCUCCCUUGUUGCUUCACUGCUUGAGAAAGAAAAGGAUCCUCAACUUCUCUCUGAAAAAGAUUACAAUGAUGCUCUUUCUCAAGUAUGGGAAAUAAAUGCAGGUUUGGAGCCCUUGUGGCUAGAGUUGAGUGCAUGCAUUAGCAAGAUAGAGAGCUGCGCAGAUUCUUCAUCUGAUUUGUCUACUAUGUCUGGGAGCUUUGCAUCAGCAAGCACUAGUGCAAUGCCUCCACUUCCAGCGGGCACACAAAAUAUUCUUCCAUACAUUGAGUCUUUCUUUGUGACCUGUGAGAAGUUGCGUCCUGGGCAGUCAGGUGCAGGUCAUGACUUUGGCAUUGCCACAGUUUCUGAUGUUGAAGAGGCCACAACUCCUGGUGCACAAAAAACUCCAGGGUCCCAAGCGAAAGUUGAUGAAAAGCACAUUGCUUUUGUUAAGUUCUCAGAAAAGCACAGAAAGUUGUUAAAUGCUUUCAUUCGGCAAAACCCGGGUUUGCUUGAGAAGUCUCUCUCUCUGAUGCUGAAAGUUCCACGUUUCAUUGAUUUUGACAACAAACGCGCUUAUUUCCGCUCAAAAAUAAAACAUCAACAUGAUCAUCAUCACAGUCCUCUGAGAAUUUCAGUGCGAAGAGCCUACAUUCUUGAAGACUCGUAUAACCAAUUGCGGAUGCGUUUGACUCAAGAUCUGAAAGGGCGGUUGUCUGUUCAUUUCCAAGGGGAAGAAGGUAUUGAUGCUGGUGGGCUCACAAGGGAGUGGUAUCAGCUGUUGUCCAGGGUGAUUUUUGACAAGGGUGCUUUGCUGUUUACAACGGUGGGCAAUGAAUCAACAUUUCAGCCGAAUCCCAACUCCGUUUACCAAACAGAACAUCUCUCCUACUUCAAGUUUGUUGGGCGAGUGGUUGGGAAGGCUCUAUUUGAUGGGCAGCUUCUGGAUGUCCAUUUCACUCGAUCUUUCUAUAAGCACAUUCUUGGGGUUAAGGUUACCUAUCAUGACAUUGAGGCAAUAGACCCCGAUUUCUUUAAAAACUUGAAGUGGAUGCUUGAGCACGAUAUAAAUGAUAUGUUAGACCUUACGUUCAGCAUGGAUGCGGAUGAGGAGAAGCUGAUAUUGUAUGAAAGGACAGAGGUCACUGACUAUGAGCUAAUACCCGGCGGUCGAAACACUAGAGUUACUGAGGAGAAUAAACAUGAGUAUGUUGAUCUCGUUGCUGAACAUCGGCUUACAACUGCUAUCCGUCCUCAAAUAAAUGCAUUCAUGGAAGGUUUCAGCGAGUUGAUUCCUCGGGACUUGAUAUCCAUCUUUAAUGAUAAGGAACUGGAAUUAUUGAUUAGUGGGCUUCCUGACAUCGAUUUGGAUGAUAUGAGGGCUAACACAGAGUAUUCUGGCUACACUGCUGCAUCUCCUGUUAUCCAAUGGUUUUGGGAGGUGGUCCAAGGUUUCAGCAAGGAGGAUAAAGCUCGUCUCUUGCAGUUCGUCACUGGCACAUCAAAGGUACCUUUGGAAGGUUUCAGCGCACUUCAAGGAAUUUCGGGCUCACAGAGAUUUCAGAUUCACAAAGCCUAUGGCAGCCCGGAUCACUUGCCUUCAGCUCAUACUUGCUUCAACCAGUUAGAUCUACCAGAGUAUCCUUCCAAACAGCAACUGCAGGAGAGAUUGAUUCUGGCCAUCCACGAAGCAAAUGAAGGAUUUGGUUUCGGUUGAGAAAAGGGGGGAAGGUGGGGACCAACAGUUUCUGCUCUCCUUUCGUUGUGUAGAUAAUAUUAUUUUUAAGUGUUUGAAAGAGAAUCAAAAAGAGAAAUUGGAAAAGGGAAAUAUGGGAUUAAGUAGAUAUGUUUUAUUUUCUGUACAGUGUUUUUCCCCCUCUUUAUGCAAAUAUAUACUUUGGGCAA